UCAUAAGGAACCAUUGCAUGAGAUAUCUUUGCAGCUGCCCCUCAGGUCGCUAAUGAAGACGAACACGGGCUGGAAGAACAUGAUCUUAAUUUCUGUACAUAUUCUUUGUUUCGGUCUUUUUGGUGGACCUUUCCUCAAAGAUGCUUCAGCUCAGAACAAUGGUCACAACGAGGGUGGAGGGAGACCAUUUGACCCAAAUGAACUUAUGAAACAAUUAAUGCAACUGAGGACGGAUCAAAGUACUUUCGGUUCUUACAACCCACUAGACGUCAAACAGGCAGCAAAGGUUUACUUCCAGAAGGGCGAUCCUCCCGGAGGGAGCCCCCGGCCGGAAAGCGCCCUUGCUGCUCCGAAUGGCUUUGAUCCAAAUGGAGAAAGCAUGUUUGCCGGUCACCAAUCGGAAAUAUGGAAAUUUGCUUCCAAUUACAAUCCCAAUGAACACAUACAAAAUUAUGUUUCGGAGACGACGGACGUCGGUUCACUCGGAAGUAUUAAAACCCCGCAAGGAGGACUUAAUCAAGGGGUGCCUUCAGAAACCCAUCUCAAUGGUCACUUCAAUGCCAACACGUUAAACAGUAAUUUGAUGACAGCCAUUGACAAGCAUAAGUUUAAGCCUGGUAUAGGCUCAUCUUCGGCGUUUGCAGCCCCUGUGAGCGCCAUGAGUGUUCCCGAGCUGUCUGGAAACCAGCUACCAGGGAGUUUGCACAUGGAAACCAACUUUAACCCGAAUCAUUUAAAUCAUGAACUGUUUCACAACCUUGACUACAAUCCCCAAGCUGUUAAUUCAGAAAUCAUAGUUCAACAUCAUAAUUCUCUAAUUGGACAAACACAGACUCACGGAACGAGUGAAAACAGCGGACAAACAAGCAAACAUGAUGGUGUCAUCGGUAUAACAGGAUUACAAAAUGGUGGAACCCAGACUCAGAAUGGCGGAAAACUGUUGACAGGAGGGACUUUUCAGCCGAGUGUUGGAACCCAGAAUAGUGGAAUGGGGGUACAGAAUAAUGGUGGAACAUCAAAUGGCGUGAAACCACUGGCUGGUGGAACUGUGAAUCAAAAUGGCGGAAAGGAAAAUGGAGUAACGGAUACAGAAAACGGGGGUACAAUAACGCCAAAUAGCAAUGUACCACAAGUUGGUGUAACAUCCGGUGUUAACGGGGGAACAGGGAUAACCGUAAAUGGGGGAAAUACUGGUGUAACUACAGGCAGCAACACCCACACCUCAAUUCUACCUCAUUAUCAUAUUGUGUUAAACAGUAAAGGGGAACAUGUGCUCGUACAAGAAACAGAAACACCGGGAAAGUUCAUCGUUAUAAAAACCAUAGCCGAAGAAAAACUUGCAAAUUAUUUGAUUGGAAAACUGUCUUCUGGCACAAGCAAAGGAUCCCUUGCUCCUGAGUCGCUGUCUGCAUUUCUGUCUGCACAGCUUCCUUCUACUUUCAAUAAACAACCUAGUCAACUUAUUGAGGCAGUGUCGCCACUUCCCGGCCACAUGGGCAGCUACAACGGGAUGAAUGGGGACAUGCCAUCACUACAAACAAAGCUGUUUGGAACUGACACUGCCCAUGCUACAGGAAUAGGAAAGUUAGGAGACGAGACCAAUGGACAGAUCCCGGGUGUUUUUGGGAUAGGUUCUUUUAGGAGAGAAUUUCAAUCAAGUAAUUCAGAGAAACACGAUGGUACUUCAUUUGGAGCUGUUCACCAAAUGAAUACAAAUCCUCGUGUUUCCGCUACUGGAAUCGGGAGUCUUGGCUCCGACACUCUGUCUGAUUCAUAGAUGGAUGGUCGGUCUAGAUCACUCCGAGGGAAUCGUUAAUGAAAUCGGUUUUGGACGUGCAUUAAUAUUUUGAGAAAUAACAAAAAAAUUGAACUGUAAAUAUGUUGAAGUCCGGCGAAAAUAAUAUCAAAAUACCCAAACAACAAGAUCAGAAAUAAAAUGCAACGUUUACUA